AGCAGCAAGCCAGUCAGAGAGACAUUCAUGCCGGGUAUUAGGAAAAACCAAGCCUCCCCCUAGGAAUGGCACUUGUCUGAGAGUUCCCUCAGCACACAGCUCCUGAAAGCCACCAGGCUUGUGAAAGGAGAACAGAGAGGCUAUUGGGAUACAAAUUACAGUUCUCUCAGGAUUUACCCGGCAGAGCAGCCAGGCCAACAUUUGAAGUUUUGAUUUUUGGGGCGUACAAGAAAGAGGAACCAUGACAGAUGAUCAAGACCUUUCUGAGGUGGAGAUGAGUCCUGUAGGUUCUGAAGACCACCAUUGCCUUUCGCCAGGACCUUCCAUGGCGUCAGAUGCCAACUCUCACCUUUCUAACUCCAGUAGUGGUGAGAUGGGGAAGGUGAAGAAGGAACAACAGGACGCAGAAGCAGAUGACGAUAAGUUCCCUGUGUGCAUCCGGGAGGCAGUCAGCCAGGUAUUGAGCGGCUACGACUGGACUCUGGUGCCCAUGCCUGUGCGGGUCAAUGGAAGCAGCAAGAGCAAACCCCAUGUCAAGCGGCCUAUGAAUGCCUUCAUGGUGUGGGCACAAGCAGCCCGGAGGAAACUGGCAGACCAGUACCCUCACCUCCAUAAUGCAGAACUUAGUAAGACACUUGGGAAACUCUGGAGGCUAUUGAAUGAAAGCGAUAAGCGGCCCUUCAUUGAAGAAGCAGAGCGGCUGCGGAUGCAGCACAAGAAGGACCAUCCUGAUUACAAGUAUCAGCCACGUCGGCGGAAAAAUGGCAAGGCCACCCAGGGAGAAAAUGAUGGCCAAGCCGAUGGGGAAUCUGGUGGAGCUACUGCCAUUCAGGCUCACUAUAAGAAUGCCCACUUGGACCAUCGACACCCAGGGGAAGGAUCCCCCCUAUCUGAUGGGCACCCUGAACACUCCUCAGGGCAGAGCCAUGGACCCCCCACACCACCAACUACUCCAAAGACAGAACUGCAGUCGGGUAAGGGUGACUCCAAGCGGGAGGGACGCUCACUUGGGGAAGGAGGAAAGCCUCACAUCGACUUUGGCAACGUGGAUAUUGGAGAGAUCAGCCAUGAAGUGAUGUCCAACAUGGAGCCCUUCGAUGUCAAUGAAUUUGAUCAGUACCUGCCACCAAAUGGACACACUGCUCACCCAGGCCAUGUCGGGGGCUAUGCCGCAGCGGCUGGCUAUGGCCUUGGGAGUGCCCUGGCUGCAGCCAGUGGACACUCAGCCUGGAUCUCCAAACAACAUGGGGUUUCCUUGUCUGCUGCCACAUCCUCAGUGGUAGACUCCAAGGCACAAGUGAAAACAGAGGGCUCUGCUCCAGGGAGCCAUUACACUGACCAACCUUCCACUUCCCAGAUAGCAUAUACAUCCCUCAGUCUGCCCCACUAUGGCUCAGCCUUCCCUUCUAUAUCCAGGCCCCAGUUUGACUACCCUGAUCACCAGCCCUCAGGACCCUACUACAGCCACUCUAGUCAGGCUUCUGGCCUCUACUCGGCCUUUUCCUAUAUGGGGCCCUCUCAACGUCCCUUAUACACUGCCAUCUCUGACCCAGCACCCUCAGUGCCACAGUCUCAUAGUCCCACACACUGGGAGCAGCCUGUGUAUACAACCCUUUCAAGACCCUAGGGAAAGGGGAGCAGUGACCGAAGCAGCAGCGGAAAGGCUCCGGAGAAUCAGCCCCAGAAGACGAGCCUCCAAGUUCAGAGGUCAUUUGGUGUCAUCCAGUCGCCAGAAUCCACAGAAUAUCCGGGCGUGUCUGUCAUGACCGCAGUUAUUGAUGGCUUACCUGGCUGGAGGGAGGUUCCCACCCACCCGUCCCCACUUUCCCAGUCCCCAAUUGGCUUCAAAGAUCCCAUAGGCCUUCUAGAUGAGGAUGAUUCUAGGCAUGGAGCCACUAGUCUUCACGGGUUUCUGUCGGGCAGAUUGAGGAUUUAAAAAUAACAACAGCAAUAAUAACAUGAAAAAGAAACAAUCCGCUUCCUUCUCUUCCCCUCCCUCAAGCUGUCCAGACCCAUCAGCGUGAAGGUUUAGAAAGAAAUCAAUGUGGCCAUCACUUUGCCAUCUGUGAGUGAAGUGUGGCUAGUUGGACACCCUGAAGGCUAUGUUACAGAAGGAGAAGUAGGGUGGUGCAGCUGAUGUGGACAGUUCUCUAGGUCAUUCCUGCUUCAGAGUCUCACACGCAUGAAAUUCUGUUCUGUACUGGAAGACCAACCUAUGCUUGCUUUUCCUGUUGAUAUUUGACAUAACCGUGCCCCACUUUCCCUUAUCCAUCUCAGCACUUCUCUGCUGCCUGGCUGUCUUAAGACUUACCUACACAGUACAUUGGACUCAGGAACUGCAUUAUAUGCUCUGGCUGCCUUUGCAUCAUAGCAUGUAAACAUGUGUCUACACAUUGGUCCCUUGGACCAUAAAAGGCAAAGGAGACUGUAUCCUACUUGGUUGUUAUGAACAAUUUUGUAUUCCUAGUUUGUUUCCAAUGCUCUAUGGUUCCCUUCUAAACUCUUCCACAGCUACCUUUCUAAUGCUCCAGAAGUUCCCCUGCCAAUGCCAAUGCUUUUUUCUGCCAUGCUUGUGUGUGUGUCUGUCUGUCUGUCUGUCUGUGUAGAGCGGGUGAGGGAAGGCAGAAAAUGUGUAACAACUAGAACAGUCUGCGUGGUUUUCCUGCUCUAGCUUCUAUUCUGAAAGUUGCAUCAUCCUUCACCAUUAGGUUCGCUGGCUAGGCUGGAUGGGAACAGCAGUUGAACACCGAACUAGUGGGCUGCAUGUUCCCUGCCUCUUUCCCUUUCCUUUCCAAAACAAUAUGUGCCACAAAAUCCUCUUUAUGUCUGUCAUGAUAGCUUAGCCGAUAUCUGCUCCCACUCAGAUGAGAGACAGCCCAGGACAUUUUGCUGCUUGAGGGAGAGAUUCAGAUGUUACUCCUAGCAAAUUUAAAUACACUAUAUAAUUAACAUUGCAAUUGGCUACUUGCUGCACUUACAAGUUCUCCAACCUUUCCUAUAUGAGAGAUGUUGCCUCUCACUACCAAAUAGCAAAGCCAGAGAUGCUCCCAUUCAGAAUUAUGAAGCCACGUUCUGCCAGUGUCACAAAAUAAGGAGAACGAACAUUGCAGGUGCAUCUUAUGUUGAAUAACAUUAAAAACAAAGCUGGAGCAUGGAACAUUAAAGAAACUCAUUUCAGUUUAAGUUUUCAUAAGGAGGCAACCAAUCAAGAUGAUCGAAAGGUUGCUGUUCUCUUUUCUAUAGCCCUGUGGAAUGCUUUGCUUGGCCUUCGUAGAGCUUCCAAACAGACAUUGCCUCCAGUGCUACCUGGCAUGUCAUUUUGAAGACUGCCAUCACGUAGCUGACGAUGGUAUGAAAGCACCAGAGAGAGAGAGAACUGGUGUCAGGCAAAUAAAUGAGGAUGGGCCCACUAUUCAUCAUGGUACAUGCUGUUCUUUCCAACCCCUCUGGAUUGAGAUGGCUGAGGUUAACCUGCCCAAAGUUAUGAACUUUAUAUAUGCUUGCCUUCAUUUUCAGCUAUGGAUGAUUGUCUUUUCUCCAUGGUGUUUGAAAAGGACAUGUAGUAUGCCUGUGCUCUUCGUAUGCAUGCAAUCUAUUAACUGCUCUGCACCCUUAUUUAUGCAAGUAGCACAUCCUUCCCCUGCCCCCAGCGCUACAGUCCUGUGUUGUCUUAGCGCCAUUAACUUUGCA